GGGUCUGUAUUGUCAUAGUAACAAGUUGGAAACAUCGUUCUGCAUUCAGACGAAGUUAAGAAAGCAUAACAUUUUGAGGCUUUUGUUACAAUAUUUCAAGAAAAUCAAGCUUUUAUUCAUCAUGUCGACUCAUUUCAGCGCGAAUCAGUACGAGCAAGCAUUUGCCGCCAAGCGUCUUCAAAAUUGGGAAGUUCCUCAAAGGUUCAAAGAGAGACCAUCUACUCUAGAAGGCUUUACACGCAUUAUAAGCAAUGAUCGAGGCCAUAUUCUUGAGGGAAUACCACGUUCAAGUAAAUCACCAUGGGGCGAGUUCGUGGGAACAUGGGAAAUGCAGAAACCACCCCUUAGAACCAAGACACUCAAAACAAAGGCAAUGGCUGAAAAAAUGCACAAUGAAGAAAAAGCAAGGACACCAUCACCUACAAAAUUACGAACCCCUUCACCACAAUGUGCCUCUCCUGUUCCUGGGAGUCCUAGUCCUAGAGGAACACCAAUUGAGAAUAAAAGUCCAAGUCGGUUGAGUGCAAGUCCUAGAAAAACACCACAACUGAGAACACCUAGUCCUCAAAAAACCCCUGAACCUGCACGUAGCCCAAGCCCCAGACACACACUUGUGGACAGGAAAAGCCCUGUUAAAGAAACAGACAAUUGAUUUCAUACUUUAAGAUAAUAAUAUAGAUGUAGAGAUGUAACUUGAUAUGAUUAUAUGCCAGAAAACUCUAAAUCAGUGGACAUUCUUCUCUUCUGUAAUAUCGUAGUCUUAACACUUGUAAAUACUAUGGUGAUUUUGAUCUGGUGAUAAAUACAGUAAAUCAAAUGAUAAUGCAA